AAAAAAAUUGACGUUUAUGAACUGAAUCUCGCUCAUCGAAUUUUUAAAGCUGAAUUGAUUGUUCCUUCCUACCUGGGUAUAUCCUGGACGGGUACAUUUAAUUUACGUAAAGAUUUAAACGAAAAAACUGUGAAUAUGAGUACUGAACAUGAUACAGAUGGCGGUAACAAGCAUCUUAAAAUAGCCGUAAAAGUUACUGAUGAAGAUUCUUGUCGUGUUUUCAUUCAUUCAUCAUACUGGAUUGUAAAUAAAACUGGUCUACCACUUCAAUUAAGAGGCUCCAGAUCGGAUAUUGUUUACGAAUCUCAUUCUGAGGAACCAAUAUUAUUUGCUUACAAGAGAAUGAAAAAAAGAAACAUUAAACUAAGAGCUUAUCAUUCGAGCUGGUCUUCUGCUUUUUCUAUGGAUACAGUAUACUGUCCAGGGUUGGUAAUUUGCAAAGAUAAAGAACGCCAAAAAAAAUACAGGAUUCUAAUGAAACCAAUUUUAUCAAACCUUUGUCCACAUUUGACUACAAUAGUGACAUUUUUACCAAAUUUCUCAGUGGCCAAUAAUUCGAAUAGAAGCCUGCGGUUUAUGGAAGAUAACAAAGAAGCUGAUUUGUGGACAGAUAUUUCACAAGGCCAGACUUUACCAUUUUGGCCUGAAACUGAUUCGAUGCGUAUGUUUGUAAAGUUUCGAGAUAGUAAAUCAGGAUCACAACAUUUUUCAAUAAUUAAAGAGCAACAGACUGUUCUUAGAAUGGAUAGAGGAAGAGCCCUUGUAGUUAAAGUAACUGGCGGAGGAAACAACCCAUUUUUGAUAAGUUUUCAUAAAUUUCGACAAAAUGAUGUUCCAGUGAGGAUAGAUAAUAUGUGUGAAGACAUAUUCUUAAAAAUACACCAAAAAAAUUUAGGCCAGGUUACAUUGCUAAGCCCUAAUCAAUCUGUAUUGUACACGUGGGAUGAUCCGACUGAAGAAAGGAUUUUAUAUUGGAACGUGUACAGCAAAAAAUCUAAGGGUUUUGUUGCGAAAUUUGAAAAAGAGGGCUAUGGACAAGAAAGAUUAAGUUUCUGCCAAGUAAAACCUUCUGAAACAGCCAAUAAUAAUAAUAAUUUAAAUUUGAUAAAGAUUUUAACUAGUCAAACUCAAGAGCCUAGCGACACUAGUAGUGCUGAAGAUUCUGAUUCGGACGAACCCAGUUCUAAAGUGACGUUUCAAUUGUCAAAAACAAAAAAAGCUAAAAUAGUUGUAUACUGGGUGAGUUACGUUGAAGUUGGUGGUCAAAGAGUAUUAUUGUUUACUCAAGAUGAGAAAACAGCGUCGGUCGCUCGAAAAAGAAUAGAAAAGAGUAAAUCAUGUAUUGAUUUGGUUAUAUCUGUGAAAGGUGUUGGGUUAUCAUUAAGUACAUGUCGCGGUGUUUACACUGAAGAAAUUGCAUAUGCUAGUUUAUCGGAUUCAGCGUCUGAGUGGAUGGUAAAAAUUGGUAAUACAUGGAAACCAUUCACGGUGGAACUAGCAUGUUGGUUAGAGGAAAUGUGGGAUAAUCAUAAUAAAAGAGCUCAUCUUAAAGACUAUGUUCAUGUUGAUUUCGAUAAAAUGCAAAUGAUUAAACCAUUCUUUGGACAAUUGCGCCGAUUGUACAAUCCAGCUGUUUGGAGCCAUUGCAGAUUUACCGCAAAAAAUAAUAUAUUUCAAUUUAAAAUUCAUAGACUUCAAGUGGAUAAUCAACUAUCAAACUGCACUUUUAAAACAGCUCUGUAUCCAACACCAGCUAACAAAAUCUCAUCGCGUUCUUUAAAACCUUGCUUAGAAAUUGCUUAUUCUAAAACUUCAGUGUCGUGUCAUUAUGAUUUAUAUAAGUACAUUUAUAUAAGUCUCCGUGAUUUUACCGUGCAACUAGAUCGUACGUUUGUAGUGAGUAUGCAUAAAACUUUGUCACCUUUCCUGGCUGUUUUUGAACGACCACUGGAUGCCAGAUUUAGACAAGACGUUAGUUCGCUUCAUGCUACCGAUAUGCCACCGGGUAAAAAGUCAGGUCGGGUAUACGUAGAAUCAUUUGAUUGCUCUCCUUUUCACGUGCAUUUAAGUUUUUCAACGAAACCAUCAGAACACUACUCUCUAAAGAGUUCUAACAGUUUCACCACUGAUGCAUUAUUAUAUGUACUUGACGGACAUGCAAACCGUUUAUGUGAUUUGAAAACAGUCACUCUUGAUAUAAGUGGGUUAAGUCGCAAAAGUAUUCAAAGGGAAUCGUUUGAGUCAAUUUUUGAAUAUAGUUUAAAACACUACGCGUGUCAGCUAUUCAAACAAAGCCAUGUGUUUAUUUUUAAUUCUGAUGUGUUAGAAAAUAUAUACGAGGUAAACAAUGAACGGACGGACACUAUAGAAUCAACAGAAGAUUAUUUAGGAACAUCAUGCUGUUCUCAAAUACAAGAUACGUGUUCCGUGGAAUACAAUGGUAAAUGGCGUUUUGCGUUAUCGAUACCUGAAUGUGCUUUGGCAGCGUACAAAGGAACGGAAAUGUCUGUCUUGUUAUCUAUGUCUGGAGCUCUCCAAAGACCUCAUAUUGGCGGUGAAGAUGAUGGAGCAGCCGAGGCGUUCUUUAGAGGACCCGGUCGGAAUCUACUGGCAGUUUUGUCAAAGUCAAAUGUGUCUGACAAAGUUUCAAUGGCGUACGAUGGUGUGAAACGAGUCAUUGAGUCUGGCGAAGAAAUAGUGCUACGAACAAGACUUCCAAGAUUCAUUAAUCCAUUGGGUAUGAAAAGUUAUAGCUCAUAUGAAGCAGUAGGUUUGCACUUAUUUAAACUUCUUAGUCGUUCGUCAACAAACGAUAGUUAUUGGGCGCAUGUAACUUUCUUGCCUGAAGGGAAAAAAAUACUUCUCAUUACUUUAAGACGAAUAAUAUUAACAGAGAAAUGUCGCACAAAAGGUCCAUGGGAAAUUGAAUGGAGUGUGUAUGUAGAUAAUAUUAUAGAGGUGCCAAAAAUCGAAGAUAUGAAACUAACAUUUAAAAUUCGUCAGGAUGAACACCAUUCCAGUUAUUUCUUUAGAGGAGACGAAAAAUGUAUAGAAUAUGACGAUAAAGAAACCUUAAAAUGGAUUAAAGACAAAAUAGAACAAGUCAUGUUGUUAAAUCAAGAAGAUAAACCUCUGAAAUAAUAAUCACUUUCACUAUUUUUCAAUAGUAGUUUAGAUUUUUACCGGCCCUCCUAAUUUUAUCUACAUCCAACGCAUUAAGCUGAUACAUAUGUAAUAUCUCAGUCUUAUUACAAUAUAUUUUUAUCGUCUACAAGUUUUUACAUAUAACACAUAAGUAUUAUGAAUGACAAUUAACGUAAGAUAAUAUUAUGCACACAAAUAUCCUACGUUAUUUACAAAUCUAAUUAAUGUAUAAAUUAUACUGUGUUAUUAAAAGAGUUUAAUAAAAUACUGCUUUAACGAUUUCUUGUGAAUUUAUAAUAACAAUUUAUUUAUACAAAAUAUGUGCUAUGUUAUAAAAAAUU